CCUCUAGCAUWACAUUGGCUUCCUGAUCAGUUGUUCCAUGAGCAGAAGAAUAGCGCUGUUUUGAGAGUGCAAAAGGCAAUCGCUUUGCCUUUGGAAACUUUAACUCAAGUCUCCUGGUAAAUACACUAUUCAAUGAGUAUUAGACGGGCAGAAAACGGCGAAUACUCGCUUCGUAAACAUUUGAAUUUUGACCUCGAGGAGGACGAUCUGGACAGUGAUCUUGGAAAUGAACUACGAGGUAUUUACAAACAUCAGCUAAAAGAAAUGGAGAGCGUGGAAGCGAAGCGAGAAGAUGCACAGAGGAACCAGUUACAGUCACUAAAGAACUAUGUGAAUGACUUGAGUGAGCAGAACGAGACCUUGGUUCAGACUGUGGAAGAGCUUGAAAGGGAAGCCAACGAAAGGAUAUCUCUCUUGGAAACCAAACUCAACAAAACUAAUGUGUCUCUAAAGGAUUCUAGUUUGCGAGCAAAUGAAUCUGAAAGACAGCUAGAGAAAACCAGGAAGGAUAAACAAGUUAUUGAAGAAGAGAAUAAGGCUUUGAAAGAAGAGCUUGGUACCACUCAACAACAGUUCGCUCAUCUGGAGACAAAAGCUGAAGAUCUUGAGUGUGAUAUUGAUGGACUUGUAGACCUUAUUGGUACUGCUAGAGCUACUGGAAAAUGGGAGUUGGCGGGUCUUGAUUUACGCACAGUUCCGCUGGAUGCCAUAUUUGGUGCUCAUGCCGCUGCAUCAAAGCAAAUUACAGAAAGACUUGAACAGCAAGGAGAAGCAACACCAACAACUUGUCGACAAGAUUGCUCAUGGCGAUGAAAAGAUCGGCUCCUUCGCUGGAGACUCCAAGUCCUAUGAUUCGUACACAGAAGAGUGCUCUGGUGUCAUCACAAAUAAAGACAUCUUGAUACGACAACUGAGAAUGGACUUGGAACAAGCCAGGAAACAACAGCAAAGUGCCGAAAGAAACUUACGGGAGUGUGAAAUGGACCUGGUCAAACAAGAUGGACAGAUUGAGAAAUUACAGGAUGAAAAGACGUUCAGGACUUCAGAUGUUUCAGCUAAAGACAGAAGAAUCAAAUUACUGGAGACACAGUUUAAAAACAGCAAAACAGAGCUUGCUAGAUGUCAGGAAGUGAUCCGAGARCUUCAGAGCUCUGUCAGAACCUAUAAAGAAAGCUCACGAACGGUUCCACCAGACCUGACGCAUGAAUAUGAACAAAGAAUCAAAAGACUUCAGGCAGAACUCGAAGCAUCAGAAAUGCAAAGAAAGCAGUCUGGGCAAGAAUUAGCUACAUUGCAGUCGAAGUUUCAUGAAAUUGAAAUGUCAAGGCAUGGACACCAUGAGGUCAUGACGCAAGAGAUAAAUAGUCGUGAUUCUGAGCUGUUAAACAUCAAAGACAGAUACAAUGCUUCACUUGAAGAGAUACAUGCUUUUGAGAAAGAAAUUCGGCAGCUCAAAGCACAGCGAGGAAAUGCUGACUAUGAGCUUGAAAAGAACAAAUACUACGUCCAACAACUCGAAAAUGACCUGAAGAAAUGCCGAGAACAGAUUGCUGAGUCACAGGAGCAAAUACAGGGCUUACAAAAAGAAAUAUACAAAGUCAAAUCAUCCGCGGACGAUCAGAGAGAUGCCUUGGCGAACGAGGUAGCCGAGCGUCAUGACAUCAUAGUAAGAUUGAAAUCAGAGCUUGCUUCACUUGAUAAYAAGUUCCGCGAUGCCUCAUCUCAGUUAAGUCACAGAAAUCAAGUUCUGCAAAGGAUGCGAGAAGAGGGAAAGGAAAUCUCUGAUGAGAGAGAUGACUAUAAACGCAAGCACUCGGAUUUAGAAAACAAACUUAAUACCGCUAAUAAACGAAUAUCUGACUUGGAAACUCGCCUUGAAAAGAAAGCAAUCUCGAGCAUGGAAACGUCGGACCAGCUUUCCCACCUCCUCGAAGAAAAAGACAAGUCAAUUCGUGAUUUAAGGUCGGAAUUGUCAAGUGUCAGAGAGGAGAGUCAACAUUCUGCCAGCAAAAUUUCACAUCGUGACGAAGCAAUCCAACGACUCCAAUCUCAGCAGAAGGAAUGCCUUGACGAGGUUUCACGGAGAGAGAAAGCAAUCCAAAAACUCGAACUGGAACUCCUUAACGUCCAAGAGAACUAUCGAAGAUCUCAAGACGACCUUGGUCGUCGUGAUGAAACGGUCAAACAGCUUGAGAACGAAGUUCAAAAUCUCCGCAAGGUGUACAGCGAGACUGUGGAAGAGAACGGCAAACUUCAAGCGAAGAUUCAAGCGUACAAGAUAUCAACGCAGAGUGAACACGAYGUACUCGCAGACGAGGUGACAAAACGCGAGGACGCCAUUCAUAAGCUGAAACUGGAGAAGUUGGCUUUACAAGAACAACAAGAGAAAGCGGAGGAGAAUAUUCGUGAACAAGAACGAGCGAUAGACAGGCUAAGACARCAGUACGAAGAUUGCCUUCAAGAUGUUCAAACAAGAAACAACGCUGUGGUUGAGAUGGAGGGUAAACUGGGUGAAAUGAAGAGCAAAACUGAUGAAUACACUGGGCAGCUUGAGCAAUGUGAAGACAACAUCCGUGAAAUGAACCUGAAAAUACACUCACUUGAAAGCCAACUCGAUCAGAAAGAUCACGAGGCUGAUAUGAAAGARGAUGCCAUACAACAGCUAACGACAGAAAUGGAGGACCUACAAGAACAACAUGGCGACAUAUUAGAUAAGAUGAGGAAAAGAGAAGAUAUGAUCGACCGUUUGAAGACUGAAACGUCUUUCUUGAAGGAGCAACAACGUGAUAAAGAGAAAGAGAUUUCACAACAACUUGAAGUGGUUCACAAACUCGAGCGAGACUUGAAUCAGUCGACAAGAAGCUACGAAGACCUCAAACAGCGCUCCGAAGAAGAAUUAUCAACGAAAGAUGAUCGUAUCAGAAGACURCAAGAAGAGAUGGACGAUGUGAAACAGCAGUAUUCAGAAUGCUACGAUGAGCUUGUUCAGCAAGAAGAGCUCAUGGGGAGGUUACGAGAAGAGAUCUCAACGCUGCAGAUGGAAUUUUCCAAAUCAAGUGACGAGUUGGUCGARUCACAUGARACUAUUCGUACGCUWGAGAUGGAACUGGCAGUGUCAAAAGAGAAACACCGCACGUGCGCAAAUGAGGUUUCUAAGCGUGAYGAGACCAUUCUGAGCCUGCAGUCUGAACUGGACGCAACCCAACAAGAGUUCGAGAACUGUUCAUCGGAACUUGAGCAACGAGAGAAGGAUGUAAGCGUGCUAAAGGAAAACCUAGCCAAACUGGAUUCAGAUCUUCGAGGUGUCAAAGUCGAGGUUGAGCAAGCUAAUGAAAAGAUGGCAUCAGAUGAGCGAGAGAUAAACCAACUUCAGUCAGACAAGGCACGAUGCAUGCAAGAGGUUCAGCAUUUGAUGCAUAGCGUAGAGGAACUCGAAGCGCGCUUAGCUGCCGAAGAAGAAGAUCGUGCAACCGAGGCAAAACGCCUCAACACUGAAAUCGAGACACUGGGCCACAACUUGACUGACGCWCUCCAGAAAGAAAACGACACUGCCACAUCUUUGAGAGAAGAACGUGAAAGAGGUGACAAACUUGAGAGAGAACUGGACAUGACUCAAAAAGCUAAAGCAGAAUACGCCAACGAG